AUGGUGGAGAAGCGGUGCCCGCGGCUGCAGCGGGACGGCGUGUACCGCUGGUUCUCCGAGCUGCCCUCCCCGCAGCGCGUGGAGUUCCUCUGCGGCCUCCUGGACCUCUGCAUCCCGCUGGAGCUGCGCUUCCUGGGCGCCUGCCUGGAGGACCUGGCCCGCAAGGACUACCACUCCCUGCGCGACUCCGAAAUCAAGGCCAACAACCCCGCCGACCUGGGGAGCCUCACCAACCUGACGGACGAGGUCGUACGCAGCAAACUUUUGGUCUCUCUCGCCCUGCUGGGCUCUGCCCACCGAGAGGCGGCCGGGGUCCUCUUCCGUACCCUCACCCACAUCGAUUCGGUCAUCAACAACUACGGGCUACAACUCAAUGAGGGCCGCACAGGGGAUGAGUUCCUGUUGCUCUUCACGAUGGCAUCCAACCACCCUGCUUUCAGCUUCCACCAGAAACAGGUGCUGAGGCAAGAGCUCACCCAGAUCCAGAAUAUCAUGGCCAGCACCAGCAAGAAUCCCAGCACCUCUACCCUCAACACCAUGGCAACCUAUCCUGGCUGCCAUAAGGUCACUCCAAGGUCCGAGACCCCCAUCAACAGUGUCAGCAACAGUUUGGAAAAUGUACUACAUACAUCAACACAUUCCAUCGAGGAGUCAUUACCCAAGAGGCCUUCGGGGAAACACUCCAAAGUGAGUGUUGAAAAAGUGGAGUUAAAGGGACUGGCACACAAGAAGAAUGAAAGAAAUGUUGAAUAUUCCUUUGAGGUCCUGUGGUCUGAUUCUUCAGUGACGUUGGUAACCAAAUCUUCCACUGAAGUGACUGAAUUUAUUUCAAAGCUAUCUCAGCUGUAUCCAGAAGAAAACUUGGAGAAAUUCAUUCCUUGCCUAGCUGGUCCAGAUUCAUUUUACCUAGAACGGAACCACAUGGACCUGGAAUCGGACCUUAGGUAUUUGGCACCGUUACCUUCCCACGUGGUGAAAAAUGACCACGUCAGAAAGUUCUUCAGCACUUCGUCUCCUUCACAGCAACUUCAGAGUUCAAAUCCUGGCAACCCCUCCCUUUAUAAAGUAGGAACUACGCUGGGAACAUCUGGAAGACCUAUAUGUGGAGUGGCUGGCAUUCAGUCUUCUCAGAAUCACGUUCAGCACUCGGCUGCUGCUCCCGUUGCACUACCCCACUGCUCCCACGCCGGAGGUACUGGCUCAUCGCUGGCCUAUCGCACCCCGAUGGACACCUCUUCUUCACCCAUGUUAAUGUCUUCCAGUCCGCAGACCCCUCAGACGCAGGAGCAAAAUGGGAUCUUAGACUGGCUCAGGAAACUGCGGUUGCACAAAUACUACCCUGUCUUCAAACAGCUCACAAUGGAGAAGUUUCUGAGUCUUACUGAGGAAGAUCUGAAUAAGUUUGAAUCUCUCACCAUGGGAGCAAAGAAGAAGCUCAAGACCCAGCUAGAGUUGGAGAAAGAAAAAUCGGAGAAGCGGUGCCUAAACCCCACAACACCUUCUUCAGUUACCAGCAGCGGUGUGGCAAGGGUUCCCCCUACUACGCACGUAGGGCCUAUCCAGAGUAUUCGUGGCAACCACGCUGCAGAGCUGCGCGUGGAUGUGGAUCAGCCAGCCCACCCGCUGCCCCGCGAGGGCAGCUCUUCCGAGUACUCCAGCUCUUCUUCCAGCCCCAUGGGCAUCCAGACAAGGGAGGAGAGCUCGGACAGCGCCGAGGAGAACGAGAGACGUUUAGAGAUUCACUUAGACGGUUCAGAAAAGGAGAAGCCAGUGAUGUUACUGAAUCAUUUCACUUCGAGCUCUGCCAGACCCACGGCUCAGGUCUUACCAGUGCAAAACGAUGCAGGCUCCAACCCGUCCGGCCACCACACUCUGCCAAUGCAAAUGAUGUCAGCGGCCUCUACUCAUAUCACCCCCAUCCGCAUGCUAAAUUCAGUGCAUAAAUCAGACCGUGGCAAUGCAGACAUGAAGCUACUUUCGUCGUCUAUGCAUUCACUUUUAUCUUUAGAAGAAAGGAAUAAAGUCUCUCCUGGACCUAGGGGCAGCAUAAAAAUGGAAAAGAGCUUUGGAAAUACAGUGGUGGAUGUAAUGUCUGCAUCUUCUCCCCACCAGCCCUUGCAAGUGCUGUCGGGGGCCGCUGAGAACAGCUCGCCCACAUCUACCAUGAACUUUGGUCCUCGAACCAAAGUCGUACACGCUUCGACCCUGGACAGAGUGAUAAAAACAGCUCAGCAGCCAGGAUUAAUAGUAGAGACGAGUACUGCUGCCACUGUAACAUCCAGCACAGUCUUCCACGUGGCUCGCCCACCUAUCAAACUCCUGGUGUCUUCGUCUCUUCCUACCGAUUCUGCCAUUGCCGGACAGACUUCCUGCUCCAGUAAUAUGCAAAUAACGGUGUCCCCUGCAAUAAUAAAUCCCCGGACUGCUCUGUACACAGCCAACACCAAAGUUGCCUUUUCUGCAAUGAGCAGCGUGCCAGUGGCGCCAAUGCAAGGCAGCUUCUGCGCCAACAGUAACGCCGCCUCCUCCAGCAGCCACCCCUCCACAUCAUUUGCAACCAUGGCGAAUUUGCCCAGCUGCCCCGCGCCCAGCUCCAGCCCCACGCUCUCUUCUGUUGCUGAGAACAACUUCUACAGCAGCAGCAGCAGUAGCAGCAGCAGUAGCAGCAGCAGCAGCAGCAGCGGAUCCGCAGGGAGCAUCCCAGUACCAAACCAGAACCAUCACCACCAUCACCACCAGCAGCAGCAGCCGCAGCCGCCCGGGUGCAUGGUGUGCAGCUCCUGCGGGUGCAGCGGGAACUGUGGUUCGAGUGGGAUGACCGUCAGCUACGCAAACUAUUUUCAGCACCCGUUUUCAGGACCUUCAAUGUUUACUUUUCCCUUCCUGCCCUUCAACCCUUUGUGUAGUAACGGCUACAUCAACACGCAGCAGUACAACAGCAGCACGACUUUCCCCGUGGUCCACACCGCCUACAACAGCGGGAUAGCACCGGACUCCGUAAUGACCGGGCAGUCGACGUUCGCCGUACCGCCAAUGCAGAACUUUAUGGCGGGGACAGCGGGGGUGUAUCAGGCACAGGGAAUGAUGGGAAACAGCAAUGGUUCGAGUCACAAAAAAAAUGGGAAUCUCUCCUGUUACAACUGUGGGGCCAGUGGUCACAGAGCUCAGGACUGCAAACAGCCUCCCAUGGAUUUCAAUCGACAAGGUACGUUUAGGCUGAAAUACGCUCCUCCCUCUGAAAGUCUUGACUCCACAGACUGAUAUUUUAUCAUCUGGCAAGAAAAUACUGUAAGCCAUGGAGAUCUAAGGAGAUUGAAAUACAAAACUGAGACGUCCAGUUGCUGUUAAGCUUAAUGUAUUUUUUAAUCCAAAGGUGCUUUACUUUAUUAGACUAGGUAGAAAAUC